GACUUUACUCUUCACAUCUCUACCACCGCAAAUCAUGAAGACAUCUCUGUUCCUCCUUGCCCUCUGUCUGCUGGCUUGUUCAGUUUGGGAGAUCCAUGGGCAAUGCCAAGAGGUUGACCCUGAUGACCAGGAAGUAGUGGAAGCACAGCCGGAAAAGCACAUGGAGCAACAGCUAAAGGGAACCUGCUGGGUGUGUAAGUGGGCACUGAACAAAGUGAAGAAAUCCAUCUCCACUUCCUCUAGCCCGGAGGAGCUAAAGCAGAAGCUAUUGUCCGUUUGCGAUAAUGUUGGCUUCCUAAAAUCUAUGUGUAAAGGCCUGGUGAAAAAACACUUGUGGGUGCUGAUUGAGGAGCUUAGCACAAGCGAUGAUGUGAGGACCAUCUGCGUUAACAUUAAGGCCUGCAAACCAAAGGAAGUUUUGGACCUGAGCUACUGACCAAGCAGCCAGUAUCCAGAUUCCAAAGUGAGAAGAUGGAUGUUCUGUUGUCAAGACAAUGCUAUGCUGCCAGCCUCUUGCUCUUUCUUUUUCAAACUAGUCACAACACAAGCAUAUAAAUGGAUGAUCAAAUUGUUGGAAUGAUUAUGUUCUGAAAUAAUGUUUUGGGAACAUGUAUUAUAAUUAAGCAAUAAGGCCAGAGGGAGUGUGGUAUAUGGCCAA